AGCAGCUUCAUCUUUGUUAUUUCUGUGCUGCUACCCGUGUUACCCGAUUCUUACGGCUUCCCGGCAUUGCAUUGCUUCCUAUCACAGCGAUGAAGCACCGCUUAUCAGCCCUAGCACUUUCGCGCAUCUCGACUGCUUCACGCACAUUCCACACACCUCUCCAAUCGCGCAUACUUGCGAGACCGUCACUGCAGAAUGUAACAGCGGCACAGGCAGCGGCACAGCCAUUGCAGCUGAGGAACUUCGCGAUCACGGCUCGCUUGAACGUCAAGCUCCCCAGCAAGGAUGGCGGAAGCUACGACAACUCAAAUGCGCGACCAGCGUCAAAGCUAAACCACAACAUCACGCAAGAAGAGAAGGAUGACUUUGCGAGGAAGCUGCAGGAGGAUAAGGGCAAACAGAUACGGACACCAUGGCACAGGGAAGGCAGCGACCAGCCACCUGUGGCCCGACAGCGCAGCGCUGGAGCCAUGACAAAGGGCAAGCUGCUCACUACGCCCUCUCGAAUGCUCAAGAUCAUUCUCCCUCUCACAACCAGAGACACAAACUCGGACCGCAAAGACAUUGAACCACUCGCGCUGCUCGUGCACCCGCAACAGCCCAUUUCCUACCUAGAGCGCCUGAUCCAGGCUGAGCUGCCCACAAUCAAAGACAAGGAUGGCAAAGAGCGCAUUCCUGCCGUAUACUUUCGCGCCGAAGACAGCAUGCAGGGUUCUCUGCAGGCCUCCGAGGCCAGCGAGGCCAUCGUAAGCGAGGACAGCGAGCCCACACGUAGCGAGGAGGACCUUGAGCAGGUAGACGAGCACCGCAUAGACGGUAAGACUGUCAAGACAGGCAAGAUCAGGUCCCAAAGCAACGAAGAGACUGGUGCGAUAACGAACCGCAAGACACCUGACGAAGCCGUCGAAUUGCGCGGCGGCCAUGGCAAGGGUGGUGUCGAGUCGUAUUCAGGCCUUGGCCAGGAUGCUCCCAGCGACUACGUUUCGAGCCGCAAGUUCGUGCGCUGGUCCAGCAGCACCGAGAUUGGCGACUUCAUCCGUGACGCAGCGCGUGGCCAGGAAUUCGCUAUCGAAAUUGAGGGGGCACCGGAGGAGAUCCGUGUUGGGGUUCCCUCGUUCAACGACCGAACAUACUAUCUGCGCAUGCGUCUGAGGAAGGCUGCCAGGCAAAUCAGCGAGAUGGCAGAAGUCAAGGAGAAGUGCGACAAGCUCGCGCACAAGGCAGCCCAACAAGUUGCUACCGCUGGUUUUGCUGGUAUUGUAGGAUGGUGGGGAGUAGUUUACUACCUCACCUUCCAGACAGAGCUCGGCUGGGAUGUCAUGGAGCCCGUCACCUACCUCGUAGGUCUCUCGACCCUAAUCGGUGGUUAUGUCUGGUUCCUAUACCACAACCGCGAAGUUUCGUACCGCUCAGCCUUGAAUUUCACCAUCUCGCGCCGCCAAUCGAAGCUCUACAGCCAGCACAACUUCGACUUGCGAAAAUGGGAGGUGCUUAUCGAAGACGGCAAUGCGCUAAGAAAGGAGAUCAAGGCGAUUGCGAAUGAGUACGAUGUUGAGUGGGACGAAAUGAAAGAGGAGAAGGAUGAGAAGGUCGCUGAGGCGCUGAGGAAAGAUCGCAAGAGGAAGGAGGGCAAGAAGGAUAAGGAUGAUGAUGAGCCGAAGGCGGGGAAGACGGAGGUCGAGGAUGGAAGGAAGACGGGGUAAGGGCUUGUAAUGAGCUGGUACUUCACAGACCUUGAGCAUAUGUACUGCAUACGUUAGCGCGGCGUUGAGGAUAGACACCAUUUAGCAUUUCAUUCGUCUAAAUCAAAUUUUCGCGGCC